CAGUUCCAGACGAUGACCUAGAUUUGGUCGCAGGAAAAGUCUCUGGAAUUUAUUUAUGCUUUCGUUGAAUCCAUUCAAACGUUCCAAUGUUGGCCGUCCUUGACAUUGGCGAAGGCUCUCUUCAGACGGUCCUCCUGGGUUUGCUGUUUGCCCUCUGUGUGUUGACCGUCUUCAACAGAUGGAGCCAGAACUCCCCCCGCCUACCCCCCAGCCCGGGGCUUGCGCUGCCCGUAGUCGGACACCUGUAUCUGUUAGAGGCCAACCCCAGACAGCAGUUCCUCAAGUGGGGAGAAAAAUUUGAGGACCCAGAGACCGAGUCCUGUAUGAAGCUAGUGGCGGAACAGGCCUGCCUUCUCGAGGGGAUGAUCGCCCUGGACUUUCUCCCCUUCCUCAGAUACUUGCCGGGGGACCUUUUUGGGCUAAAGAAAACCCUGGAGGUCCGCGAGUACGUGGACAGCCAUCUGAUCCGUCGACAGGUGGCGUCCCGCAGAGAGCAGAGCUGCACGGAGGAGCCAGAGGACUUCAUCACGUACUUCCUCAAAAACCAAGACAUGCAAAACGGGAAAAACCCUGAGCUCAAUGAAGACAGCCUGGUGGCAAUUGUGUUCACUCUCCUGAUCGCUGCAAUAGACACAACCAGCAUCUCUCUGUCUUGGGCGAUACUCUACUUACUGCACCACCCAGAGGUACAAGAACGCUGUUUCCAGGAAAUGAAAGACUCAAUCGGCCUUGACCGCAGACCAGAAUUCAAGGACUGUGGUCAGCUGCCGUAUUUAGAGGCGACCAUUCUAGAAGUCUUGCGGAGGGCAAGCAUCUCACCUUUCAGCAUUCACCACACAGUGACAGAGGAUGUGAUCCUGAGAGGGUUUCUCGUCCCCAAGGACACCAUCAUCAUGCCCAGUCUCGACUCGGCGCUCUUGUCCGCGAAUGUCUGGGGUGAUCCCUACAACUUCCGUCCCGAACGAUUCCUUGACGAUACUGGGAAACGCCUCGUUGUGAAGGAACAGUUCAUCCCCUUUUGCAUAG